AUGUCUUACCGUGACAACGACAACUCCAGCUACGGCGGCAACGACGACAGCUAUGGCUCGUCCAACCGCCGUGACAAUGACAGCUACGGCUCUAGAGGCAACACUGAUAGCUACGGCUCUGGUAACAACCAGUCUUCCUUUGGCUCCUCGGGCCGCGACAAAGAUGACAGUUACGGCUCUUCUGGCCGCGGUGGUCGUGGUGACGAUAACAGCUAUGGCUCCUCUGGCCGCAGUGGUCGUGAUGACGAUAACAACUAUGGCUCCUCUGGCCGCAGUGGUCGUGAUGACAAUGAUAACUACGGUUCUGGUAACAAUCAGUCUUCCUUUGGCUCCUCGGGCCGCGACAAAGAUGACAGUUACGGCUCUUCUGGCCGCGGUGGUCGUGAUGACGAUAACAGCUACGGCUCCUCUGGCCGCAGUGGUCGUGAUGACAAUGACAGCUACGGCUCUUCUGGCCGCAGCCGUCGCGACAAUGACAACAGCUAUGGAUCAUCUGGCCGGACCGGAGGCGACGACUCCUAUGGCUCAUCCGGCAACAAGUCUUCAUCUUAUGGCUCCUCUGGGAAUGAUGGCUAUGGCUCCUCUGGUCGUACCGGAGGUAACGACUCAUACGGCUCUUCCGGUAACGACAGCUACGGGUCUUCUGGCCGGACUGGAGGCCGCGAUACAUACGGCUCUUCUGACAACAACGACACCUACGGCUCCAGCCGCCGUGACGAUAGCAGCAGCACCGGCAGCAAGGUCGGCCAGUUCCUCGAGAAGGCCAGUGAUGUCCUUGGUGGCGGCAGCAAGGGCCGAUCCAACGAGGGCCGCGACGACGACUACUAG